AUGGGAACUGAAGGGAAUCAACAAAAGGGCCGUCCAAAAACGCGGGUUGGGAGAGCUAAACCGUUCCAUAGAACCAGAACGAAUUCAUUCGCAUCUUGCUCUUAUGGAUGGGCAUCCCUAGUGGAUCCUGGACAUUCGAAGGAAGAUGCUUUAUGUGAACCUGAGAGUGCUUCACAUCACAAUGGCAAUGUCUUUUGGGAAGUUUUUAAGUGGUGCCAGCAGGGCGGUAACUUGUAUAUUGUUGCCUUUGCUGCAUAUGGCUACAAGGGUGCAUGGGAUUGUUCAUCUGUUGCAACUCGCACAGUAGAUGUGUCACCGUUUGCAAUUGAGAGCACAUGGAGCAUACAAGAUGUGUGCUUCACUAAGGAUGAAUAUGAAGAUUACUUUUUGCGCUUCUGCAGAACACAUCUCGGAAAAGUGAAAGAUAAAAAAGAUGUUACGUACUUACAGGAAUACGUACACAACACAACAGCUCGUCACCCUGGACUUGUCGUGUUUUUCAUGAAUCAUAUUAGAGAUUAUUUCCUCCCACAACUGAAAUAUGAUGAUACGUUGACAUUUGAAAGGAUUUUCUUGUACUUGAAGUCAUAUACAUUUAUGAGGGCAGGCUUUCAUGGGUAUUUACAUAUGCAAAAUUUGACUCCAGAGGAAACUCAACUUUGUGAUAGGGUAUUCCGAGAACCCAUUGAUAUCAGACUGCCAAAUAACACAUCCGGAAAAGAGCAGCGUUGGGGAAACACUGCUAGGUCAAUGAUUCCUCCUGAAGAUUUCAAAAGCUUCCUCCUUGGAACCUUCACCAACAUGAAUGCUGAGACUAUAUGGAAAUCAUAUUCUGUUGGUAAAGACGAGCAGCUUUUGGAGCAUGCUUGGCAAAUGGAAUUUUACCGAGCCGCUACUCAAGUCCUACCUCCUGACAUAUUCAUUUCUGCUGAUGAUGGUGCAGAUGCGUCUGGCCACAAGAGUUGCUUCGAACCAGGUGGUAUCUAUGAAUCUAUCAGGAAUGUAUCCAAUGAACGGGUCAUCAUUGACAUUCGAUGUCCUGAUCUUCAUAAUGAAAAACCAAAGUAUAGUGGUGAUUAUCAUUGGAUAAAUGUAUAUUGCCAGGAGAAUUGGAAGUCAGUUAUAAUAGAAGAUAAGGAUGGAAAAGUUGAGGUUCAGCUCAUGGGAGAGUAUCAGUAG